AUGAAAAUGGAUCCGAUAAUUACGAACAAUCCGGCGUCUCCACGCACAGAAGGAGAAAGCAAAGAUACAGUUGUUGUGUCAGGCAAUACAGCAACACUUGUCCUGUCUGACACUAAUCUAGUGUGUGUUGAAUACCCGGGAGUCGUCAACAAUGUGGACAGAAUGCUGGACAGCAUUGGCGGCGAAGAGGGAGUGUCCAAGACAUAUGGAGAUUCUUCUAAAAGACUUGAACUCCGCUUUCGGCCGAAAGAUCCUUUCUGCCAUCCUGCUUAUGGGAACCGCUACUCCUCCACAAACCUGCUGCUCAGAGUACGCCGCAGAACCCGCAAAGGAAACAGUUCAGAGACCCAAAUCAGCAUGGAGAUAGUGGGACUUAUAGGAACCACAUAUAAAUUUCAAGGAAUGGCUGACUUCCAGUACCUGGCGACUCACAACGAAUCAGAUGGCAAGCAGGUGUCUUUGUAUGACAAGAUCAUUUUGCGCAAACCAGAGAAGAUGGAAUUCUACGACAGUCCUGUGCCGCUUUUCCUUCCUCCUCCCAUUUUCUCUCGUCUGGACACAGCUGUGGAUUAUUUCUAUCGUCCAGAUGUAUUGCACAGCAGGGAGACUGCAAUGCAGUCUGUUCUCCUUAAAGAUCAUCUUAUUGCCCCGAAUCGGGCUCGCCGGCCAAACAAUGCCAUUUUUGUCAACUUUGAUGACAAGACCAUCCCAUCAGGACCUCUAGAAGCUGCAGUGACCAGCUGGAAAAAGUUCUGUGUCCAUCCUAAUGAUGUAAAGGUAGAGCAGCAACUCAGACAGCUUUUCGAGAAGAGACCCGUAUGGUCUCGCAAUGCCGUCAAGGCCAACAUCAACGUUCACCCUGAGAAAAUGAAGCAUCUCCUCCCGUAUUUGGCGUACUACAUGUUAACAGGGCCAUGGAGGAGUUUAUGGGUCAGGUUUGGAUAUGAUCCUCGAAAAACACCUGAAGCAAAAAUCUACCAGGUUCUAGACUUCAGGAUUCGCUACGGAAUGAAACAUGGAUUUGGUGUCAAUGACAUGCCAGUGAAAUCCAAAAGAAGCGCUUAUCAUUACAGCCGGCCAACCACUAUCAACAGGGCAGUUCCUCAACCUGCUAGCGUGACUGACAUCACCCAAGAGAGUUCUUCAUCUUCAGGACCCAAACCUGCCACUGCUAAGUACAUACUAAAGGACUCUGUCUACAUCUUCCGGGAUGGAAUGCUUCCUCCAUACCGGCAGAUGUUCUACCAGCUGUGUGAUCUGGAUGUAGAAAAAAUAAAGAAUAUCAUCCAUAAGAAUGAUGGAAAAGAGGAAGUGUGUGAUGAGAGAGAUGGAUGGUGUGUGCCCCACACGGCAGAUGAGCUCAGGAAUAUAAUUUCUGGAAUGAUCCAGCAAUAUGUCCGAGCUAGCCGCCCAGCUUCAUCCACCCAAAAGCCUGUAAGAACUAGACCUAAAACUGUUGAUAGCGGAGAGGAGGAAGACGAAGAUGACGAUGAUGAUGAAGAUUACAAGCCUUCUGAUGGGAGCGAGAAUGAAAUGGAAACUGAGAUUGCAGAUUACAUGUAAUUAGUUUAUUCUCUGGCACUUGUAAAAGAUUUGAUGUGUAAAUGUUAAUGUAAAAAACUACUUUGUACACUGAUAGAAAAUAGUUGUUUUUUUUCAUUUGGAUAAUAAAUGGUUUUGUCAAAUACAA